UGCUGGAGGAAGGAAACUCUUAUUUAUAGGUUGCUGGUGUCUGGAGGAGCACCAGCCACUUUAGUGCCGUCUUAAGUCUUUUCCUGCUGAUAAAACACAUCCGCCUGUUUAUAAAAGCAUUCAACAUUAUUGAACAGAGGAUGGCGCUGUUCAGUCAGCUCUUCACUGCUCUGCUGCUGCUGCUGCAGUUGGAGCUGCAUCUGGUUGGUGGAUCUGAGGCUGGAGCUCCUCAAACUCUCAGCUGUCCUGCCUCUGCUGGGGUUCCAGGAACUCCUGGACACAACGGCCUUCCUGGCAGAGACGGGAGAGACGGGAGAGACGGAGCCGCCGGACCCAAAGGAGAGAAGGGAGAGCCGGGACUGAGUGUGCAGGGACCUCCAGGAAAGGCAGGACCAGCAGGUUCACCUGGACCCCAAGGACCAAAGGGAGAUCCAGGUUCAUCAGGGGCUCCCCACAGUGGUCUGAUCAGCUCGGUUCAGGAGGAACUGAGGAGUCUUACAGCCAGACUGUCCCUGCUGGAGAAAGCUGCAUCGUUCAGCGUGUUCAUAAGGGUCGGGCAGAAGUACUACGUGUCUGAUGGGCUGACAAAGACGUUCAGUGAAGGAACGGCAUUCUGCCAGAACGUUGGAGGAAAACUGGCUUUGCCGAGAAACCAGGAGGAAAACCGAAAGCUUUCCGGAGUGCUUCAAAUCUUCAAUUUGCCAUAUGUAUUCAUCGGGGGAAACGAUCAAGUGGCCGAGGGUCUGUAUGUGGACGAGGAAAAGCGGCCUUUAGAUUUCCUCAAGUGGAACGAAGGGGAACCCAACAGUUAUGGAGGAAAUGAGGACUGUGUUGUGCUCAAAAAGAAUGAAUUCUGGUUUGAUACUAGUUGUGAGAAAUCUUUUCUCAUAGUUUGUGAGAUUGCUGAAUAGUGUUUUAUCAUUAUUAGUGUUCUCUCAAUCUGCCCUUUACAAUGAAUCAAACCUCCACAUGUACAUACAGAGGAGAUUAAAAUAAACUUGACUUGUGAAGCAAUGAAUCAUUACAUUUGAUUCGGUACAAGCAAUCAAAUUUCUUAUUAACCAUUGCUGCAGCCUUACUAUGGUUUUUUUUUAGCAAUGCUCAUGCUAACAUAGCGGGUACUGAUGUGAUCUGAUUACAUACAGUGAGGAACCCUCAGGGCCUUCUAAGACUUCAGAGAAGGCUGUGAUGAUUUCUGUAAAAUAAAACAAGAGCAUGUCUGUGAUUUUGUAGUUCAUUUUUAUCAUAGAAUCACGCAUGUUGGGUUUAAACUCUGUAUUAAACUCUGCUUUAAACUAA